CCGUGUAGCACUGUUGAAAAUCUUACAAUUUCGCAUCGCUCCAGGACGAUACCACUCGGUUGGCACUUGUUUCGGUUAGAAGUUGACAUUAAAGGUCUUGUACAUUUGCAAACACAAACUUGUAAAAAGCAACUCUUUAAGUUUGGUCCCUUACUUACAGGGUUUUACGGUCCUGAUUUGUGCUUUAUAACAAAAACUCCUACUUAUACAGAGGGUUGCACUGGUCUCAGAAUGGAUGGACCUUGUUCAGUAGGAUCGGGAAAUGAUGUACCCACAAAGUUUGAUUCCCCAGCCCAGCCUAAAUAUGCUGCAGCAUCAAAAACGCCAAUGAGUGCUGCUUUAAAAGAACGCCUGAGAAAAACUAGGCGAUCUUUCCAGUCAGUCUCCUUGGCUAAACGACUAAAAGUUAAUGCUGAUGAAGAUGAUUUAAAGGUCUCACCAGAAUUUUCACAGAAACAGAAUGAGCAUGAAGAAAAGUCUCCAGAAGUUCCAGGAAAAGCUGAAUUUUCAGAAGCUGUAGCAUCAGAAAACAGUCAUUGUGCAAGUCCAUGCUGUGAAAUAAAGGAAGUGGGAAAUCCUGCAUUUGAACUGUCACUAGUGGCUGAUUCGAGUCAUCAUGAACUGCUAGAGAAAAAGAGAUUGAUGAAAGAAAUUCAGGAGAAAGAAGAACUUCUCCGGAGGCUUAAGAUGGUAAAAACAUAUAGAUCAAAGAAUGACCUUAAUGAGCUUCAGGCUUUGAUACAAAAAUGGAGGAACGUCAGCCAGACACUACUGUAUGAGCUCCAAACAGCUUUAUCUGCAGAUGGCAGGAAACUGAGCCUGACUGAGCUCAUUGACAACUUUGGAAUAGAUGAUGAGCUUUUACAUUAUAACAGGGCAGAUGAGGACUUUAUGGACCCUUAGCUGUCAGUCAUUUUUUACAUUUAAAUUCACAUGGCAGAGCAUUUCAUUUUAAUAUUGUUUUGCAGAAUGGUUGUGCUCAUUUUAUGUGAUGGACUGUUUUUUUUUCUGCAAACGUUUAGCAUAUUUGAAAGACAUGAAGCUUACUCUGUUCUAAGAGGAUGCAUUUGAGGUGGCUUGUAAAGCAGCAACAUUUGCAUUUAACGCAUAAGAAAACUGAAUCAGAGACUUAAUUUGGCUCUCUGUGACCCAAAUAUUUUCUGACAGCAAGAGUGCAAAAUAAAAUAAAAUGAAGAAAAUGUU